AUGGCGGCGGCGGCAGCGCGAAAACUGCAAAAAGAAGUCGAGGUUGUAUUGAAGAAGGGUCAUGAAGGGACCGAGGAAUUCGCGGAGCUAUGGGACCAGAUGGCUAGCGCACAAGGUCCUCAGAAGGAGAGAUUGGGCGAGGAGUUGAAGAAGUGCAUCAACAAGCUCCAGAGACUCCGAUCGCAGAUGCGAGACUGGUUGGGCUCCAAUGCGGUUCCGACCAAUCUCAAGGAUAAACUUGAAGAGGGCCGGAAGCAGAUCGAGAACGACAUGUCCAGAUUCAAAGACUUCGAGCGGGAAUUCAAGACGAAGGCCUUCUCCAGUACAGGUCUAGCCAAGAUGGACGAGCUCGACUUAGAAGAAGCGGAGAAGCAGAAGUACCAGGAGUGGUUGGCUCAGACCAUCCAGGCGCUGAAGGACCAACUAGACCAGUUUGAAGCCGACACGCAGCUACUCUCAGGGAAGAAAGCCCCGAGCGCAGACGACAAGUCGCGGUUGCCCAAGCUUCAGAAGGCUCAAGAGAGAACCCGAUGGCAUAUCAAGAAGCUCGAACAGUUGCUCCGAGCCGCGAACAACGAUGCCGUAGAAGUGAGCGACCUGGCGGUCGUAAAAGACAGCAUAGAGCUUUUCGUGGAAGCUGGGGAGGACUCAGAUUUUCAUCACGACGAGCAGCUUUACGAUUGCUUCGACCUCACAGAAUAUGAGGAGAAAGCAUUGCCGAAAGGGAUCGAACUUCUAGAUCGGGCAGAUGAUUCAACUAUUAGCGGCUCAGUCGCCCUCUCGAAGAAGGCCGCGAAAGAGAAGGACAAGAAGAAGAAGUGGGACAAGAAAGAGAAGGCUGAAAAGAAGCCACCUCCACAGCAGCCCAAGGUGAACAAGGCCAUCAUAGAGGAGGAUUCUCUAAAGGAGCCCGACGAGGUGAAGGUGCAGGAGGAUCAGCUUCUCACCGAAAGGGAGGAGUUCAUCUGCAAAAUUUGCCAGAUCCACGUGGUGGGAUGCCGACCGAAGUUGACGAGCUGUUCUCACCUUUUCUGUGGAGAUUGCAUUUGGCAGUGGUUCAACCAGCAUCCGGACACGCAGACUUGGGCUCAGCGAGCCAAAGCAGCAGGUCCUGAUCGAUGUGUUCCCUGUCCAGUUUGCAAGAAGAGUUUGAACGAGAAUCAGGAUUUGGUCUCCGCCCCUUGGUUCGCAUACCUGUUCGGUGGACCCAAGGUUAGAGGGUCAGUUGGAGGGUUUAUUAUGUUUGCUUAUUUGAUCUUUUUUGGAGUGCCCAUACCGGUACAGAUUCACAAGACCAGCGGAUUCACUGAUUUGCAUGCUUCACUGAUUUUACGUGGAAAAGGAGACAAACGCAGACUGAAAGAUCUUUGGCAGUGGCUCACUUGCGAACGACACGACGUCGAACGUCCCAAGGUCUCUUCCGACACCCAGAGGGGCCACUGUGCUGCAGCUGAGAAGAUGAGAAGCACAGAGAAUGCUUUUGAAUAG